AUGAGCGAGGAGAAAGCUGCAGGCGCUGCGGCGGCCGCGCCGAAGCGUGUCGUCCCUGCGGCACUGCGUCCGCUGAUCUGGAUGGGCAUUCCCCAGAGCGUGCUUCUGUGGAAGCCGCGUCUGCCGUCCCGCAACUGGAGCAUCUUUUGGCUGUCGAUUGCGUCGGUGAGCUACCUCUACUACGAGGACCGGCGCCAGUGCAAAAAGAUCCUGGAAGAAUACAAGGAGCGCGUGCGUGGCCUUUCGGAGGACACGAUGGCACCGAGUGAGUGGCCGCGCAAGGUCCUCGUGUACACGGCCAAGUACCCCGGUGACGACAACUACGAAGUCGGCGCGCUCUUCUUCCGCAAGUUUGUGAAGCCGAUCCUCGUUGCUGCGGCUGUCGACUAUGAGAUCGUGAGCGGCACGCGUCACGGUGGCCUUGCGCGCGACCUGCGUGACCGCAUCCAUGAGCGCCGCCGCAACCUCGCUGGCGUGCUGCCCUGGCCGACGACAGCCGGCCCUGGCGCGCCGACGAUGCCCUUCAUGCUCGGCCCUGCGGAGCUGCUGCAGCGUGAGCUGGACGGUGCAGUGGUGCUCAUGGGCCGCCCUGCGCUGAAGGAGUGGGCAUGGGCGCUGAAAGAGGGCUGGAAUACCGAGAUUCCUGCGAAGCCCGUCGACUACGACGAGCAGCUCGCGGCGAGCCUCAGUGAGGACACUACGUUUGAGGAGCAGGAGCCCGAGAAGCCCGUCGAUACCCCGGUCGCGGGUGACGACGAAGAGCCUGCGCCCCUGCCGAACAAAGGCUUCAUGCUCCCGUCGCAGGUGGGUCUGCAGUCGAUGCAGCGCCCCGGCCUUGCGCCCUAUGCCAAGCCGAAUGCGCCGGCGGAGCCUGCGCCUGCUGCGCCCGCGGCCGACGAGCCGAAGCUCGCCCCCCCGCCCUCCAUCCCCGCCCAGCCGCCGAUCUGCUUUGUAGACUUUACCAAUCUGGUCGGCUGGCGCAACAUUCCCCGCCGGAUUGGCCACUUUUUCAACCGGCGCUCGGACGUGCGCCGCGGCUGCGAGGCGGGUCUCGCCAUUGUGCUCGGCUCCAAGGACGACGCGCGCGAUUUCGACGUCGGUGCGCCCGGCACGAUCCCGACCGAUCCCCCGCAAGGCGGCGACCUCGACUGGGGCCUAGACGAGGAGGACGUGUACCCUCCCAGCUUUGCCAAGACCGUGGAGGAGAUCGUGAAGGGCAAGGAGCGGUUCUACCGCGAUCUCGGCACGGAACUCAAGGCCUCGCGCGAGAUCCUCCGUGGCGAGCGCGAGCCGACCAAGGCUGAGCAGCGCGAGAUGCCCCGCUCAGAGAUUGAGCUGCGCGACGCGCGGUUCAACAUGGAGCGUGACUGGCGCAAUCUCGAGCAAGGCUACCGCAUCCUGACGCCAAUGGCAGGCGUGCUAUGGGACGAGGCAUGGCGCGGCAGCCUGCGCGUGCUCAAAGAGCGCGCCCGUGACGAGUCGGUUCCCCGGCGCGUCGUCCCCGAGAUCAUCGAGGAGGUGAACCCGGUGGAGGAGGCCGCUUAA